AAUUGCAUUGAAUAUUAUUUGUUGAUAUAGAAAAUCGUCUGGCAUAAAAGUAACACAAUCACCUAUUAUAGUUGUAAACAAAGAUCGUUCGCUGUAACUAAAGUUGCCUCGCUCUGGUUAGAGCUGGUCAGUCAAUCUCAAUUUUCCACUACCUAUCCACCGUCUCCGAGAGCCAUUGACAAAUUUUCCCGUGAACCAUUUUGCUUUGUGCGAAGGUCGUCAUUUACUGUGGAUUAGGAUCUGCUUGUGGUUUCUGUCGCGUACGGAUAUGAUAUAAUUACGUAGUUAGUUUUUUGGGGGAAGAAAGGCCAUGGCUGUAAGGUGGAGCAGUGAAAAUGUCGUUGCUGAACACAGAGAUCUUCAGGCGACGUUAUCUUGGACUUAUAUCUUUAGAAAGACCCACAGAGAUUAUCAAGAGAGUUAGUAGAACCCAGCAGAAGUAUGAUGUAAUUGCAUGUGAAUGGCAUCCUUCCCAGGCAGAACGCAAUACUUUUGUCAUAGCGUUUGGUGAGCGUUCUGAAGUUUGUGUAUGGGAUGAAGGACAUUUAAAAACCCUUCAUGUUUUACGUGCUCACACCAGGACUGUAACAGACCUGAAUUGGCAUCGCACUGAUCCUCAUAUUUUAGCAACAUGCUCAAUUGAUACUUUUGUACAUAUAUGGGAUGUCCGAGAAGCUCGUAAACCAGUGACGUCUUUAACUUCUAUAGCUGGUGCAACUCAGGUUAAAUGGAAUAAAAUCAAUCAACAUUAUCUGGCAUCUGGUCAUGAUUGUGACAUAAGAGUGUGGGAUGAUAGGAAGACUAGUCAGCCUCUUCACUAUAUAUCAGCUCAUUUAUCCAAAAUACAUGGAUUAGAUUGGUCUCCAAAUCAUGAGCAUCACUUGGUAUCGGCAUCGAAUGAUUGUUCUGUAAAAUUUUUUGAUAUAACAAAUUCAAGAAAAGAGGAAAACUACAUCAACACAAUGUCACCUGUAUGGCGUGCAAAAUAUACACCUUUUGGUGAAGGAGUAGUUACUGUUGUUAUGCCACAGUUGAGGAGGGGUGAAAACUCUUUACUUUUGUGGUCUGUGACUGAUGUCGGUGCACCAGCUCAUACUUUUGUUGGGCAUACAGAUGUUGUCUUGGAAUUUGAAUGGAGGCAAAGUUUAAGUAAUCCUGGGGACAUUCAGAUGGUAUCUUGGGCUCGUGAUCAUAGCCUUCGGAUAUGGAAUAUUGACCAUCAGUUACAGAGAAUGUGUGGCCAUGAAGCUGAAGAUGAAAGUAUGCUGAUGGAGAGCACAGACAGUGAACUGGCUAGUGAACCACCUAUUAUGCAAGGGGAAUCAGAAGCAGAUGUGGAAAAGUUAGACUCUAACAUAGAUAGUCCACUACCUGUGGAAGGAGAGGCCAUUAAAUGUGUAAAUGAUGGGUGCAUACCAGAGCAGCCACAAAGCAUUCCUAAAAUCAUGCAAGAGGUGUCAUCCAUGGUAACUGGAGUGUCUUGUAAGGACAUUGAUGCAUCAAGAAGUACUCCGGUACCAUCUACAGAACUGCCUCAGUCAUCACAUCAAGAAUCAGAUGCAACUGUACAUUUAGAUCCCACUCCAGAAUCAACUCUGGCUAGUACCCCAACUUCAACACAGCUUAUGGAGAGUUUGCCCAAUGUGUCUACUCCAAGCAAGUCUGGCAAUAUUAGUGUGGGUAUGUCCUCUACUUUACCAAGUAUGAACCACCCUAUGACUUUACAUCAAGAAUUCUCACUUCUUAACACUCACCUAGACAAUAAUCAAGGCAACUCUUUAGAAGUUUCUACUGAUGUUGAGGCAAGAUCUUGUGUGGUGACAGUAAAGCAUGGGAGCCACAUAAUUUAUUUGGCUAUCAACUUUCCAAAUAAUUAUCCUCAGCAGGCAUGUCCCAAUUUCCGAUUCAAUUUUGGUACAACUCUAGAUUACACUACAAAGGGUGAAUUAAUGAAGGUUUUGAAGACCACUGCUUUACAGUACCAGCGAAAACGAAAGGGCUGUCUUGAACCAAUAAUUAGGGUUUUUGUCAUGCAGUUGAAUGUCUUAUUGGGUGAUGAAAGGCAAGGCAUACAACUUGGAUAUCCAAACCAAGUAUAUGGGAGUUACCAAGAUCAUAGUGUCCCUUUUCCUCGUACCUCAGGGGCCAAGUUUUGUAGUGCAGGAAUCUUGGUGUGCUUUGCUCGACCCACUUUCAUGAAGAAGGGUUCUAAUCGAACUGAGCCUUCUACUCCUCGAUCUUUGUCAGCUCUAGGUGCAUAUAUCACUAAUUUCAUGCCUCAGAUGUCAACUACGGUUCCUACUUCUCCCAAAUAUAAUUAUAUGUUCCCUGGUGUUGGUCAUAGUCCAUCAGGAGAGCAGAAUAUUUCAAUUUCCAACUAUUACUACCAAGAUACGCGAAUGAAAAGUAGGCGAAGCAAAAAUGAAGAUGAAAACAGUCGUUCUUUUAAGGCUGGGAGUGUCAUGAUUUAUGAUGUAAAAUCCCUCAUGCCUUUCUCCAGGGAACUAGGUGCUGCCCAUGUAUUAGAUGAUAGUGACAUUGUUCAGUCAUGUACAAAAAACAGGGAUGCUGCAGCUGCUGUUGGACGAAAGGAUCUGGUACAGGUUUGGAGUCUAGCUGCAGCUACUGCAUCUCUUGCAUCCUCUUCAGCAAUUAGUAGCAUUGAAGAUGUUGAAUUUCCUUGGUGUCACCAUCCUUUUGCAAGAAAACUGGUUGAUUCCUUGUUGUCCCACUACCUGAAACUUAAUGAUGUGCAAACAGCUACCAUGCUUAGUUGUGUUUUUGGUACAAAGGCCGAGGCACAGAAUGUAGCUUAUCCUCGCAAGAAUCGCACUGAGUCAAACAGCCGAAUACCUGAGUAUGGGUCUCUGAAGCGAUCCCAAAGACAAUCGUUUGUGUGGGCUAAGCUGGACCGUCUUAGUCUGCUUCGGGGUGGUAAGACUGGUGGAUCUCCCUACAACACAAUUCAUGGCAUCAAUACAAGUCUUGAUGGAUGGGACUUAUGUAUGGUGAGACAUAACAGAUCAAAUUCAGAGGGCUCUCUCUCUGAUGCUGCAAGACCUUCCCAAGAAGUGGACCUGCCAGCUUUAGAGGCUACUGACACAUUAAACAAAAAUACAUCCAACUUGUUGGAUGCUGGGCGCAGCCACCAGUACAAUGAGAUGAGGCGUGCCUAUGCAGAUAUAUUAUAUAGAUGGGGCCUACUUGAGCAAAGAGCAAUGGUUCUGAAGUAUUUGCAGACUUCACCUACAGUUCAUAAAGGUGUAGAGUUCCAAACCGAUUGUGUUCAUUGUGGACAAUCUGCUAAGGGUCCUCAGUGUCUCUACUGUCGUCGCUUUUCAUUUACUUGCUCAAUUUGCCAUAUAGCUCUAAAGGGCACAAGUAACUUCUGUGUUGUUUGCGGGCAUGGUGGUCAUACAUACCAUUUGCUGGACUGGUUUCGAGAUCAUAAUGAAUGCCCAACAGGCUGUGGUUGUGACUGCAUUAAAGAGAUGGACUCUCUUUUUAGAUGAUAAUUUGCACACAUAAGGAUUUUCAAGAAUUUUGUUGUACCAUGUAUUUAGUUUUUACUCUUAUUAAUAGGAAAUACUUCAAGAACAAUGUUACUGUCAACUGAUAUAUCGUGAUUAUGUGCAAUUCUAAAAGUACAAUUUUGGCUGAUAGUUUUUUUCCUUGAUAUCUAUCAGUAGCCACACUCUGUGAUUUGCCAGCUAUAGCAAACUUCAUUCUCUUGUUACCAGAGGUGUGACUGGGUAAAGAGUGGGUUUUUCAUUUUUUUUACACAACGUUACAGUCUCAAGUUUUUUCUUUCAUUUUAGUCAACAAUAUCUUUCUAUGAUGAUGUUAACAUCAGAUAAUUUGACCUGGAGAAAGUGAAGUCAAACAUCGGUUUCCAUAACUGUAAUAUCUAUUGCAAUGUCUUUUGGUAUAAUGUAGGUAGAGUAGUAGUUUUUGCAGUUGUGAUUCUUUAACUAUAAAUUGCUCUCUGUAAUAAAAUAUUCUUUGUAUGAGCUCAAGUGCCACUGGUGGCAAAUGUACACUGAAUCCUUACCCUAUACCUAUUCAUCACAAGGUAACUUUCUUGUAGAUGCUUACUUAUUUUAAAAGCAUUUUCCUUAAGGUUAGCAAGGCUCAGAGUUGUGCCAUUUCCAUGGUAGCUUUCAGUCAAAAGACAGAGUUGAAGAGGAAACUUUAAGAACACGGUGGUCAGUUUAAACUAAACGUUUUGUGCAUUUAUAAGAGAAAAUUUUAUAUUUCUUUUUACAUUGAUUUUUUUCUAUUUAUAUAAUACUCUUUCAAACCUUAUUUCAUCAAUGUGUGGUCUUUCCAUGCUUAGCCUUUUUAUAUGUUCAAUAAUCGAAGAGUUCCUAUUAUUAUAUAUAUAUAUAUAUAUAUAGAUCUUCCUACAGUAUAUAUUGUAGUUUAUAUAAAUUUACUGAUUAGUUAAUAUAUAAAAUCCAGGUCUUAUUAAUUCUAUGUAUAUUUAGAUAUCACACAGGUUGAACAAAGUAGAGCAUUUCAGUUUAUGUAGUAUAAUUUUUAGUUUUUUAAUUUAUUUGCAGCAACUUCAAGGAAUAUUUUUUUUCAACUUCUUAACUGCUCAUGUAUACAGAUUAAUGCAAAAACAGUGUUGCCAAGAUACAAUAUCCUCUCUGUAAGUAAAGGUUAGACAAUAUAAUAUUCAUUACAAUAGUGAUUUGUAAAUGGUACUCACUUUAAGAAAAGGGCACUUUGUUUUAUUAACACUGAUUAUGGAACCUUUGUUUUACUUAGAUGUGCAACAAAAUUUUUGGGGUAUGUACAAUGUGUAAAUCUUUCCUUUGGUUUUUGCUAUAUUUUCAAAUGGUAUUCUUGACUUGUUGCAGUGCAAAGGUUUAAAUGCUCGAUUCUUGAUCUGUACAAUUCCAUGCAGUGUUGAUUUUUUGAAGGUGUGUUAAUGAAACAGAAUCUUAAAAUCCAAGUCAAUGUAACAAAAGAUCAUAAUUGAGAGACCCCACUUAAAAAAGCGGCCUAUAUUUUUUUCAGAAUUUUGUAUUUAGAUACUUCAGUACUUUGGAUUUUAUUUUUAUUUCUCAGGAUAAGGUAUAGGUUGUCUUGUUGAAAAUAACAAAUGCUUAGUUAUGGUAUCUUCAGUUCUCUAUACUUUUUUUACCCCAUUACUGAAAUAGAACAUGUCAGUAAUUUUACAUAUUUGUGAAAUGUUAUUUCAGUAUUUCAUUUCAGAUGUAAUGCAAUACUAAAUGCACAAAAAAUUAUUUGGCUUUAGGUUAUCAUUGGUUAAUUUAAACAGUACAGCACCUUUUGCUAGGUGAGCCUACCCAUUGAAAACUUAAGCAAGUUAUUUAUGAAUAGAAGUUUAUUAGCCAUAAAAUUUAAUUGAUAGAUGAUUCACUGACUUCCAUAAUUUCCUCAAGUGGAUGGUAAUAGAAAAGCAUAGCUUCAAACUUCAAGCAGUUCAACAGUAUUCAAACUUCAAGCAGUUCAACAGUAUUCUGUGUUGACAAACUAAAUAUCACUGCUACAGAUGAAUAAUAGUAUAGUAGUAGCAUACAGACUAUGUAUGUUAUGCAUACAUUAUAUGUGAUUACUGUUGUUGAUUUUCAAUAUUAUCAUGCGAUAUUUCACAAGAAUUUAUAAAUACACAUUGAUCUAUAAAGCCAUAUUUGUCUAACCAUCCAGCUUUUCCUUUUAAUAGUUUUACAGCAUUUGUAUUACUGAUGUUCUCUUCCUAUGCCUGUAUACUUUAUAACAGGACUAUAUAUGUAGAGCAUCCCUAAAAAGUUACCUUUUUUAUCUAUACUGUUUGCAUUGUCAGUAGCUGAUAAGUAUUGCCAAUAGUACAAAAUGAUUUGCAAGUAUACAGUAUUGUUAGUUAUAUGCAUAACAAUAUCAUGUAAAUGAAGCCUUUGAUGCAGAGUCAGAAUAGUGAAAAUCUGUAAUUUUGCACAAAAAUUUGUAUUUUUCACCAUCAUAUUAGGGACUGAUUAAACAAAUAAAGGUGAAUUUAUAUAUACCUUUUUACAUUACAUGAUUUUUGUAAAAGUUGUAAACUUCAUAUUAGUGUCAAGUCAGUGGUUAUUUAUUACCAGUUGGAUUCUAACUCUCAAUCUUUUCGUCAUGAAGUGCACAAGCAGAGAAGAACGUUAUAAUAAAAUUGGAGUACAUAUUUGAAUGGGUGAUUAAAGAAAAUAUGCGUAAAUAAAAAAAUGAAAUGAGACCCUUAACAAUGAGUCAUUAAGACAUAGAAGAAAAAGAACUUUUUAACUUUCUAAAAUACCAGGUGAUUCUUCAAUACUGAAGCAUAACCAUGUAGUGAAUGGACAGAGAUUUGUUGCUUAGCUUAAGAUUCAGAAAUCUAAUUUUUUUUUAAAUGCAAUAGGCUGAAUACUUGUUUUUUAAGCACUGACAUUUUAAUAGAACACUUUCUUGAAUAUAACAUUUCGUAAUUCUUAUGGAAGUUACAUUGUUGCUAUAUAAUCCCAAUAUAUUUAGGGUAUUGCGUAUAUUUUGAUUUAGAACCAAUCAUAUCAAUGUUGUGAUUUGGUGCUGAAAUAUUGGAGUGUGUACUUAAAGAUUAAGGAGAUACAUAAAAUUCAUGUAUUCUAUAUUUUAAGAAAGU